GCCACUACACAAGCGACCACCACAUCAGUGGGUACUAUGGGAACUCAAGCGGCCACUACACCAGCGGCCACUACACAAGCAGCCACUACACCAACGGACACUACACCAGCGGCCACUACACAAGCGACCACUACACAAGCGACCACUACACAAGCGGGCACUACCCAAGCUGGUACUAUGGGAACUAAAGCGGCCACUACACAAGCAGCCACUACACAACCGACCACUACACAAGCGACCAUUACACAAGCGACCACUACACAAGCCGUCACUAUGGCAACUACACCGGCUACUACACCAACAGCUACUGCACCACCGAAUACAACCAAUGAGACCGCUACAACAGCCAGAACACCUACAACAGUUAGACCAACUACAGCAGCUCCACGGGUUACUACACCAGCAAGACCAGAACCCGAACAGAGGAUUGUGCCGUCAGUCCUGUCGAUGCAGCUGGACUUCACUCCAGCCUUGCGCGACGAAACUUCUCCCGUUUUUGUCGAACUGUCCGUUGAGGUGACAAAGUCGCUCACUGCCAUCUACAUUGGAAUCCGUGGCUUCAUUGAAAUCAUCAUCAUCGGAUUUGUCCCGGGAAGUGUGGAGGCCCGUUACGUGGCGGUGUUCGCUGCAGACCAGGCGGAGUCAGACAGCGUGAUCCAGGAGCAAGCCCGGGCGAACCUCACGGCAGCCAUCGAUGGAGGAAACUUUAACACCAGCCUUAACGUUACUGACGCACAGGCACUGCAGCGGACAACCCUAACUCAAGAAGAGCUGGACAAGGUCACGACCGGGUCGUCCUUCUGCACGCUGACGUGUGGGGACGGGGCCCGGUGUCAGCUGACCGCGCAGUCUCCCAGCGUGCUUAGCGCGGAGUGCGUGUGCGAACAGGACUACUGCCACGCCGGAACCUGUGAGGUCAUCGUUGACCAGGGGCCGAGGUGCACUUGCCCGGCGACGAUGGGUUCCUGGUACAGCGGUGAGAAGUGUGAUAACGUGCUUACCCAGUUGGCCAUCAUCGGCAUAGCCGUGGGCUGCCUCUGCUUCGGACUGGUUUGCAUGUGCCUGGCCGCCGUGUACCUGGCCAAGCGGGAGAAGAACUUCUUAAGGAAGGAGAAGAAGAAAGAAAGGUACAGAUACGAGCCUCCCGGCAUCGUCCUGGAAAAUUAUAACGUGUACAACCCGGAGAUGGGACAGCCGGCUUUCCAGAGGGCUGCACUGGGCAGGGACGACUACAGGGAAAUGGGGUCUGAAGUGGACCUAUUUCCGGCGAAGUCCCCCCUCUACACCGACUCUCUACGGGACCGCGGCCGACCAAGGCAGGGGUGGAACCCGUCUGUAAACAACCUACCAGCGGGACAGUUUAAGAUCCCGCGUCCAGCCACGGCGUACGACAAAGUUUUCCCGAAAGACGAAGACCACUGCCAGAGUUUUGAGAUCAACUUUGCCCAGACUGGCGGAGAAGAAACGAAGAUGUAGCGACCAGAUCCGGCGUUUUUCACCAACAGUUUCAACGCUGCAUUAAUUGAUAGUCAUUUUGCAACAACGUUUUAUGCUAUAUUUAUGCUAUAUUGAUAGUAGGAUUCCAAGUUUAAGGUUUUUUUUACAGAAGUGCUGUUUAUACAUGAUUAUCAACUACAUGUAAACAAGAAGACAUACUAUGAAGUGAGAUUCAGCUACACGCAUCAUCAUUGUACUUUAGAUACGAAAUGUUGAAAACAAACUUAUGCAAAAGAAAAUAACCAUUCUUGAAAAACUGAUAUGAUAUAGCACAGAACGAAGGCUUGCUGCAAGUGUACGCAUUUUACCCUUUUGGGCUAAACACAUUGUUCACAAAAAAAGAGAGAAGAAUGAAUAUAUAAAACAGUGAUGAUAAUA